CAACCCACAUGACCAAUAUGAACUCGAAGUUUCCUUCGUAACCCCCGGAACUUCUUCGUAGUGGCUCCGUUCCAUGCCUCAUUUCAUAGGGAACCUCAAAGCGGCUCUAUUUAUUUCAUUAUAUUCUAUCCAUAUCCCAAUUCCAUUCAUUUAAUAUCCCUUUGGUGUCAUUGACAUAAGAGAUGUCGUUUCUAGUCUAUCUCUUUCUAUUUCUAUAUAUGGAAAGUUGCAAAAUCAUCAUAUAAUAAUCCAUAAAUUGAAAUAGAAAAGAAAAAGGGGAGGUUUGUGAUGGUUUUUCAAUCUUUUAUACUAGGUAAUCUAGUAUACUUAUGCAUGAAGAUAAUCAAUUCGGUCGUUGUGGUCGGACUCUAUUAUGGAUUUCUGACCACAUUCUCCAUAGGGCCCUUUUAUCUCUUCCUUCUCCGAGCUCGGGUUAUGGACGAAGGAGAAGAAGGAACCGAGAAGAAAGUAUCAGCAACAACAGGUUUUAUUGCGGGACAGCUCAUGAUGUUCAUAUCGAUCUAUUAUGCGCCUCUGCAUUUAGCAUUGGGUAGACCUCAUACAAUAACUGUCCUAGCUCUACCGUAUCUUUUGUUUCAUUUCUUCUUCUGGAACAAUCACAAACACUUUUUUGAUUAUGGAUCUACUACCAGAAAUGAAAUGCGUAAUCUUCGCAUUCAAUGUGUAUUCCCGAAUAAUCUAAUUUUUAAAUUAUUCAACCAUUUAAUUUUACCAAGUUCAAUGUUAGCCAGAUUAGUAAACAUUUAUAUGUUUCGAUGCAACAACAAGAUGUUAUUUGUAACAAGUAGUUUUGUUGUUUGUGUCCGUAUGUUACUAGUUGAGUGGGCUUUCCCUUUGUUCCAGUUAUUUCUGGUCAUGAAGGUGUAG